UAUACGGAAAUACCUUCCGAUCAAAACAUAAAAAAAAAAAGGAAAUACCUUAUACGCUGCUUACGAAUUCGACAGUGGUGCUGGAUCAAUGGCUUCACCUGCACGCCAAAAGAAAGUGAUGAAAUUCGACUCCGAGGAAGACGUCGCCGUCGCUCUCGCUAAAUACACCGCCGAUCUGUCUCAGAAGUACAUCAAAGAGAAAGGUUCAUUCUCUGUUGUUCUCUCCGGAGGAACUCUUAUCGACACACUCAGGAAGCUAACAGAGUCACCAUACAAGGAAUCAAUUGAGUGGACGAAAUGGUUGAUAUUUUGGGUGGAUGAGAGAGUUGUUCCUCUCGAUGAUGAAGAAAGCAACUACCUGCUUGCUAGCAGAGGCUUUCUUAGCAAGGUGCCAAUUCCUUCCAACAACGUUUACGCCAUCAAUGACAAGAAGUCGCCGGAGGGUGCAGCAGAUGAUUACGAGGAGCGUGUGAAGCUUCUUGUUGGAAGCAAAAUCAUACCUCUUUCAAAUUCCGGGUUCCCAAAUUUCGAUCUAAUGCUGCUAGGGAUGGGGCCGGAUGGGCAUGUGGCCUCUCUGUUCCCAACACGGCCGCAGAGAUAUGAAAAGAAACGAUGGGUCACCUUCAUUACCGACUCUCCCAAGCCACCUCCACCAAGGAUCACUUUCACAUUUCCUGUCAUCAACUCAUCUUCAGAGAUUGCAAUGGUGAUCACAGGCGCGGAUUUGGCAGACGCUGUCAAGACUGUUUUGGGCGACGGCAAUUCCCCUCCAGGUUCGACUCCUUUACCCGCUGCUGAAGUUUCUGCUGAAAAUUGUCUCACAUGGUUCUUGGAUAAAGAUGCUGCUUCCAAACUGUGAAUCCAAGAAGUUAUCUAAGUACAAAAAAUAAAGGUCAUCCACAGUCCAUAUGAAUGUUGUCUGUGAAAAUAAAGUAUGUAGCAUCAUCCCUUCUAAGCUGCUUGUUGUCUGCUAUAUAACAAGUGAUAGUUGUUAUAGCCAGUUCCAUUCUAUCCUUACUAUGUAUGGUGUUUUGUGCUAUGUUAUGUUGUCUGCCUAUCAAAAUGUACUCUGCAAAUGGAUUAUUUUUUAUUUUUAAUAAUAUGGUAAGCGGAUAGAAUUUAAUAA